UUCUAGUUCGAACUCCACGCUUCCGCCCGCACUCCGGCCAUCGACGGUUGCCACCGAGCCCUCCGCCGCCGACGCCCCAGUGUCCGGGGAGCUAGUGCCAUGGAAGCAGGCGGAGGCACACGAGGAGGAGGUGGAGGUGCGGAGCUGUCCCGGCAGAUGUCGGCGCAGCUGGCGGCGCUCGACCGCCAGAUCGCCGCCGGCAGAGGCCGCGAAGCCUCCACCUCCGCCACCUACAGCGCCGCGCUUCUCUCCGCCCGCUCCUUCUCCCGCCAAACCCUCUCCCGCCAAGGGGAACUCAAUGGACUCAAGCUUCAGCUCCGGAAGCUGGAGGAUCAUCUUUCAGAAGCACUCUCCGUUAAGAUCAGCAAGGAGUCAAAGCGCCAACUUACCGAAGAGACGAUUUCAAGCACAAGAGCUAUAAAUGAGAAGCUCAAGAGCAUGGUUACUGAUCAGACGAACAAGAGAGACCAGCAUGCUAUAGUCAUAUCGGAUCACCUCAAGGCUGUUGAAGCUCUUGAAGCAAAGUGCAAUGAGGAUGAAACACAGAGGAAGAACGUACAAGAAGCUGUGGCUUGGUACAACAAGUUUCUUGGUUUCCAGGUUGUCGGAGGAGAAGGUGUAAAGUUCAUCUUCAGCAAAAUUGACAUGCGAAGCCCCGAUAAGGAGUACUCAGUUACUAUAAAGCUUAACAAAGAUAGAUAUGCCUUACUUCAAUGUGAUCCAAGUAUAAAAGAUUCUGAGGAGUUGAUGAAGGAUUUGAACCUCACUAACGAUCUGUUCAAGUUUGUAAGAAUCAUGAGACAGAGGUUCCAGGCUGAGGCUGCUACUGUGAAUGGACUUCCCAUGAGCUCAGCUGUUUGUCCAGAUGCUUCCUCUAUACCAGUUUCAUCUCCAGUGUUGAUGUCACUUGACUCUACAAUUGAAAAUGUUCCUGAUAAGAGUCUUUCCCGGAGUAAGAGCAAGAAGCAGGGUCUUCCUUCUAAAAGAAGAGCUGCUGCCCUAUCAGCAACCACUCCUGGUUCUGUGGUAUCUAGCGUUCGUCGCUCCCCACGUUUUGUGGGAAUCAGGUGAGCUGUCAUCUGAAGCAAGUUGUCACCUGAGCAGACUGGUUCCUAACUGAUUGACUGGACUGGGCUGCCCAGCUGCUGUAAGCAUUGUAGAUCCGAGAAAGAAACUAGUAGCAAUAACAACUCUCAGAGGACUGCGUGAUGAUUAUUCCUCCCUUGUUUGCAAAUGGCAAAUGACUUGCCAUCAAAUUAAGGAGUAUCUUGUUAGAUGUUGUACUUGAUUGCGUUGUGUGUUAAUCCCUUGCCAUCCAAUGUAUCGCUUGUACAGUGAGCUGUUAAUCCCUUGCGUGUAUCCAAUGAACUUGUAACUGUUGUUGGUGUUUAUUCAUUUUUUUAGAGGUGAAUUGCUGUUA